UGCGCUCAUAAAAGCCUUGACAAAGGUUUUACCGGACACUUUGCUGAGCAUUGCAUAGCUGGAUUUUGGACGUAUUUUCUUCUAGUUGUCGACUAAUUUCACAUCGAUUGCAACGGGCACAUUUUUCUUUGAAUGAUACAGGAAACGCAACGAUGUCAGACAGAACAAUGAGACGGCAAGUACUGUUGUUUCUCUCGGUCCUGUGUCUCAGCUACGUGGUCGGGCAGGUCAGCUACUCCAUCCCCGAAGAAAUGGCCAAAGGCUCUGUGGUUGGUAACAUAGCGCACGAUUUAGGUUUAGAUCUUAAAAGGUUAAAAUCAGGCAAAGCUCGAGUGUAUACGGGCGGCGGUGCAGAGUACAUCGGGCUGAAUAAAGAACGGGGAGUCCUCCUUAUACAAGAGAGGAUAGACAGAGAGGCUUUAUGUGGAGAGACGACGCCUUGUGCUUUACAUUUCCAGUUAAUUCUGGAAAAUCCAAUGGAGUUGUUCCGUGUUACUGUGGAAAUAACAGAUAUAAACGACAAUACUCCUAGUUUUACAAACGCAGAAAAACGCUUUGAAAUUAGCGAGUCCGCUGUGAUAGGAUCGAAAUUCGUAUUAGAGAAAGCUAUUGAUUCCGACAUCGGUGUAAAUGGAUUACAACAUUACGCCCUCACUCCAACAGAUAACUUUGCAUUGAAACUAGAAAACCAGGCAGACGGGAGUAAAAAGGCAGAGAUGGUGCUGCAGAAGCCUCUGGAUCGAGAGAAGCAGAAUCGCAUUUCCUUGUUACUCACUGCAAUAGAUGGAGGGGAGCCGCAGAUGUCAGGGACAAUGCAGAUAUUUAUCAAUGUGUUGGAUGCGAACGACAACGCACCCACAUUUACUAAACCGCUGUACAGAGCAAAAAUACCAGAGAAUUCUCCAAAAGGCACCAGCGUAACGACUGUCAGUGCCUCUGAUAAAGACAUUGGCUCGUACGGAGAAGUAUCAUAUCUGAUAUCUCCCAGCAAACGGCUUUUAUAUGAAUUAUUUAAGAUCGACUCGAAGAGUGGUGAAAUUGUCCUAAUCGGUGAAAUAGAUUAUGAAAAAGCAAAUGUAUAUCAGAUCGAUAUUGAGGUUACAGACAGCGGGGGACUCUCUGAUUCCACUAAGGUGUGCAGGACGACAGACUCCAGAAAGAGUGACUGUAAGUUCGGCAGAGCUGGUAGUCAGAACGUGCUGAUMAUGGACCCCAGUUCUACAGGGACGAUGCAGCGGAUACAGAGUGAAAAGAGCAUCCUGGAUGAACCAGACUCUCCUCUAGAGGUGAAAGGUAUUUUGUGA